UGUUCAGUCAUUUUUCAUAAGAGUUAUAAGGAAAGAUGGCGAAGUCUCAAGUUCAAAAGCUGGAAACCAAUGUUUAUCUUGAAGAAGCUGCUCAUGUGGUAUUUGAUGCUUUCUGCAACAAAACAUACUAUAUGGCCAAAGCCUUUCCCACGAAGGUAAAAUCCAUCGACAUUAACGAAGGUGAAUGGGGCACUGAAGGAUCCAUCAUCUCUAAGAAGUAUGUGCUUGAUGGAAAGACUUGUGUGGCAAAGGAUGUGGUCGGAGACAUAGACAGAGAAAAGUACAAGGUAAGCUUCAAGGUGAUAGAGGGAGAUCUGCUGCAAAACUAUAAGAGCUUCAAGUUUGUGAUGCAAUUUAUUCCAAAGGAAAAUGGAAGUGUUACAAAAUUGGUUCUGGUGUAUGAGAAACAAAACUAUGACACUCCUGAUCCUCUUACCAUGAUACAAUUUGGAAAUGAGGUCAUAAAAAAAGUUGGUGCUUUUCUUAAGAAGGAAACAGAUGGGAAGAUUUGUGUGGCGAAGGAGUUGGUUGAAGGCAUAGAGAGGGAAAACAAACAUUACAAGACCUUCAAAUGUAAUUUGCAAGUUACUCCAAAGGAAAAUGGUAGUGUGGUGCAGUGGACAAUUGAGUUUGAGAAACACCAAAACAACAUUCCUGAUCCUGACAUCCUGUUGCAAAAGAUGGCGAACUCUCAAGUUCAGAAGCUGGAAACCAAUGUUUAUCUUGAAGAAGCUGCUAAGGUGGUAUUUGAUGUUUUCUGCAACAAAACAUACUCUGUUGCCAAAGCCUUUCCCGCGAAGGUAAAAUCCAUCGACAUUAACGAAGGUGAAUGGGGCACUGAAGGAUCCAUCAUCUCUUGGAAGUAUGUAUAUGAUGGAAAGAAUUGUGUGGCAAAGCAUGUGGUCGGAGACAUAGACAGAGAAAACUACAAGCUAAGCUUCAAGGUGAUAGGGGGAGAUCCGCUGCAAAAGUAUAAGAGCUUCAAGUUUGUGAUGCAAGUUACUCCAAAGGAAAAUGGAAGUGUUACAAAGGUUGUUCUGAUAUAUGAGAAACAAAACCAUGAUACUCCUGAUCCUGUUGCCAUGGUACAAUUUGCAAAUGAGAUCAUAGAAAAAGUUGGUGCUUUUCUUAAGAAGGAGUAGCUCUAAAUCACUAUAGAGCUCCUCUCAUGCAUCAUAUUGCUAUCUCAUUAAUAAAAUUUGAUGUCUUAUGGGCCUUAGUUGCCCCUUAAUUACAUCAAUUAUAUGUCAAACUAUGAAUAAAAUGUCUGACAUAUACAUGUUUUUUUUUCUAUGUUGUUGUAUUAUGUGUGAUUGUGUCUUCUUGU